AUGAGAAGUCUGAUUUUCUUCCUUACCAUUUGUGUGACUGAUGUAUUCUCACAGAUUUCUUCAGUAUCCCACCCAUCAACCUACGAAGGUCCACAAAAUCAAGUGGUCCCUUCUUUGAUCUACCCAACUGAGCGGGUCAACCGCAUUCGCUCUCGGGUUUUCCGAGACGCUUCUCAAGGAUACCGUAGUAUUGUAGACAGUCCUCGACUGUUUCGCGCUUCUGGAAGAUUCCACAAAAGAGUGCAAUCGGCGACAACACACGACAUUCAAAAUGUUCCUCUGCCGCAGGAUUCCGUUCAAAUUGUUUCCUACAAAUACGACGCUGAGAGACACAACGAAAAGAAAAUGAACGAAAACGAUAUUUUGUCGAAUGAAGAAGCGGAAGAUCAUGCAAAAGGCAUUGAAAGGACCACAAUGGCUGUCAAAACGAGACCUUCUGAUACUACGACCCCUGCAAGCACAACAAUAGCAGCAUUCACCACUCCAUCGUCAGUCGGACUCUUCAGUAGUACGCCGAUGAUUGAACAGAACUCUAUUAACGAAGCUGCUCCUCAAUUCCCUCAAAGACCUAAGACCUUCUUCCAGACGGUUACUGCAAAUGGCGGUCAGAUUCCGCAACUGCCACCCGGAAUCCCACAACAACCACCAGCAGUGUUCACACCGCCACCACCACCUAUUUCGCCGCCAACAUUCACUCUUCCACUUCCUGGUCAACCUCAACCCCAGCUUCCGACGCAACCAUUCCCAGCAAUGGUCGGCAUUGUUCCACCGCACCAAGCCACGAAUCCCCUGACCGCAAAUCCGCCAGACUUAACAAAUGCGGGAUUGAAUUUACAGCCGCCAAAUAAUGCGGCGAGACCACCUCAGGCGACGAAUGUUGAUCUGAAUAGACCGACGGAUGCAGUAACGGGCAGCAGUUCUCAUGAACAACUCGGGUGUGGAUGGGACUGGCUGACAAAUUCAUGCAAAGAUGUCUUCAAUUUGAAUUGGUGCGGAAAAUGUCACGAUUUCGGAAACAUUUUCCUUCACGACUGUAAAUGUGUGGCACCUUUAAUUCCACUUCCAACGACACCACGACCAUCUGUCGCCCCUCCACCAACACCACCACGUCAUCCUUUGCUCUUCUGGCUUAUUUAG